UCGUCCCGGUCGUUGUUGCAGAGAUAUGUGCCGCUGCCACCACCCGAUUGACGAGCGGCGGUCCUCACUGGACGACGAGCCGGCAACCAGCAAACGUCAGCGCAUCGCCGAGAUGCAUGAGCGGACGCGUCUCUUUGGUGGCGCGCAGAAGCAGGCGGCUUACACAAAGGUCCUUCUCGAGAAGUGGUCGCGCUUCCUGUUGCUGCACGGCGAGGAGCACGGCGAACCUCCCGAUCUGGUGGCGCGCCGUGGCCCGAGCGUGGCGCUGGUGAAGGCCUUCACAACCUACUGCUAUUUCCGCUGCCCCGAAACCGCACAAUGCCGCUACGAGCUUCUCCUGCAGCACAUGCUCGCCAAGUUUGUGUUUGUGUGGCUCGCCUACCCGGGCUGGGCAGGAGUGAGCGGAUACGCACUGGCUCAGAGGGCGGAGCAGUACAAUCUGGCAGUCAAGGAGCAAUGGGAGCGGCUGAAGCGAGGAGCACAGAUGGACCAGUGCUGCGGGCUGGCGCGCACGCUCAAGCCUUUCGUGAGGCCGCAGUGGUGCACAGCGGAGGGCUUUUACUGUGAGCAGGCAAAGCGAUACAGGAACCGUGAGGCGUACCACCUGAUCUUCGGCAUGUCCUUCGCUACAUCGGGCUGAUGCCGGAACGAUCAGAUAUUGUGCGCUCUGGGGCGUGGGUGUGACGACAAUCUUCAGCAUAGUCGAGCGAGGUGGAUACGCGUGCAUAGGAUGGCGGCAUACGGGAGAGGCGACGAGCGCCCCAGAUGUGUGUCUCGUGCUGUCAUGGUCCAUGAUGGUUGGUGCUGUGGCGGACUAGCGGUUUUAGCGAUUGAGAGGACAGAGCUCAGAGGUGAGUUUGGCGAGAGAGACUGACUCUGAGUCGUGCAGUGAGUGAGUGAGAGUUGAGAGGUGGACUCUCUCAGAGCAUCGUGUGAGUGCGGUGGCGGUGACGGCGACUGCGUAAACUGUUUUCAUGUAUCUCGUCUUGUCGACACACGCGGCGUGUCGCGGGC